AACAAAAAAAAACGCUCGUUUACUUGAAAGCUCUAUUAGGCUGAGUGAGGGUAGAGAAGAGAGUAAAGAAAGAGUAAGAUGAUUUUGCUUCGGUUACCAAGAACUCCCAUGGCCAUGGCCUUCUUCGCUCAACCACCUUCACUCCACUCCCUCACCCAUUGCCAUUUCAAUCUUAUCCCAAAACCCCAUUUACUCACCACCCUUAAACCCUUCGCCGCCGCCACCUCAAAGCUUCUCUCAGCUCCCAAAUCAACCAUUUCAGCCUCAGCCUUAGAACCAGAAACCUUAUCCAUCUCGGAUGUUAUAGAGCCCGAAAUCGAAACCCCCCAAGAUUUCGACACCCAAAUCGAAGUAUCCCUCGAAAAGCUCUUCGUGCCUCCGGAAACCGACAUUGGUGAUGGUUCAGCCCUGACCUCGAGAAUCUUGAGGGGCUCCAAUAUUGUUCUGAGCAAGUACGCCAGGGACGCUCAGGUUGCGCAAGCUGAGUUCGUCAAGAGCAGCGUCAAAACCGAGGAUUGCCCCUCCGAUGGCCUCCCUGAGUUCGCGCUCGUUGGCCGCUCCAACGUCGGUAAGUCUUCGCUUCUCAACUCCCUCGUGCGCCGAAAGCGACUCGCUUUAACAUCAAAGAAGCCGGGAAAGACACAAUGCAUCAACCAUUUUCGAAUCAAUGAUAGCUGGUACCUUGUGGAUUUGCCUGGAUAUGGGUAUGCUUCCGCACCAAAGGAUCUUAGAACAGAUUGGGCAAAAUUUACUAAAGACUAUUUCCUAAAUAGGUCAAAACUAGUUUCAGUAUUCCUUCUCAUUGAUGCUAGCAUUCCUGCUAAAAGCAUUGACCUUGAAUAUGCUAGUUGGCUGGCACAGAAUCAGAUCCCCAUGACAUUAAUCUUCACCAAAUGUGACAAGCGAAAGAAGAAGAAGAAUGGAGGCAAAAGGCCAGAAGAAAAUGUGAAUGAUUUCCAGGAGUUAGUACGUGGCUUCUUCAAGACAGUACCCCCAUGGAUUAUGACCAGCAGUGUCACAAAUCAGGGUCGCGACGAGAUAUUACUGCAUAUGGCUCAGCUACGGAACUACUGGCUCAAGCACUAGUCGCAGGAUGAAACUUCAAAGUUAGGUGCGGCCACCUUUUGGUUCCUCUGCAUGCUCACCUAUAAAAUUUUCUGCUACUAAUGUAGAAGGAAUCGACUAAUCAUGGCUCGAGCUAUUUCUUGACUCGGAGUAUGUAGCAAUCCCAGACCAGUUAAAGGGCCGACGAAGAUUGAAUCGUGGAGAAGUGAAAUAUUUUUCAAGGUGGAAAAUGGACAGCGAACUGGUGUUUUGAGGAAGGUAAAGUACUAAGGUGUGUAUUUCUUUUACAUUCAAUUCCAUGGUUAGUUAUAGAUAUUACACACAGAAUGAAUUCAAAACUAUAAGCCUUGUAGUGAAUCUGAAAGACUUGUUUUUUUUUUUUGGUUGUACAUGCUUGGUUCUUAGUUCCAUCUGUCCUAAUUGAACCAUUCGGUUAAGAUUAUUCCAUAAAGAGCCAAAUGGCGAAAUUAUCCUAUA